AUGUGUCCCAUGAAGCUCUACUCAUUUCUUCUCAUCUCCGUGUUUGGGAGCACAGAAGGACGGAAGUUAUCCAUAAAUGAAGUGAACUUGGACUGCCAGCUGCUACACGUGAAGAAAGGCCGGGGUAUCAGUGACGGAAGGACAGGGGUUUGUUCUAACGCCGUAUACUCGCCUACGGGAACGUUACAUCCACAACAACAGGGCAGAAUUCGAGCAGCGGGCCUAUCUGAAAGUGGUGCUCCAAAAUUGAGCGGUCCUCCCAGGGGCGACCAGAGCCCAGUACUCCCCAGACAGACGGCGGGAAGAAGGAAGAAACGUUCCAUAGGUGCCGCCGCCCCGCUGCCAUUUCAGUAUGGCGUUGGUUUUUCUGAGAAAACCCUGCAUGCGCUCAUCAAACCGAAGUUUAUUAAUGAUCUCUUUGCUGUGGUCCGCAGGCAAACAGAGUGUGAAGAGUGGGAGUAUUGGAUGCAGCCAUACUGGGUCUACUAUGAAGAUCCGUCCACAAAGCAAGGCGACUGGCUGCCCGUGUACCAGGACACCGCUAACGACAGGGAACAAUGGGUCAAGUUUGCUAUAUGCUACCCUUUCGAACAAUACUGCCGCCACCAAGCCGGGAUCUGUUCAUUUUGCGCCGCCGAGUGGGGAUACAGGCCUAUCUUGGUCAUCCAAGGUAACUCUGCCGCCACCUAUACUCUCGUUUGGAAGUGGAUCCGGUUUCCUGUGGGUUGCUGCUGUAGUUUGAACACACAGUCAUGGAGCUGUCCCGACCCCUGGUAUCCGGUCCCCUCUGACAGCCACCCUGUAGUACCUGGAGAGGGGCCAGCGUUCCAGUUUCAGAACUUUGUUAAUACUUUCCUUGGCAAUGGAAACGGCAAGAAAUAAAGCAAAAACAAUGUUAACCUACAUUAAACUAGAUUCAAUUCAGUGACAUAAUAUUAUUAAUUAUCAGAAGGACACAUAUCAUGAAUAUCAAUAUUUUCAUCGAUUUUCAGUUGACAGUAAAAGGUGUUCUGUGCCAGCAAAUAUGAUUUUUCCGCUGAAAAACAUUUUCUCUUCAACUGAUGUAUCAUAGUUCGACCCGUCCCUGCAUUUGAUGUCGUUGUUUUAUUCAAUUGAUUGAUUUAAUUCUGAAUGACAGGCUAGAACUUUAGAAUGCCAUGGCAUCCUGAACAUGGCAGAUGGAGCAAUGGACGUCAGGCCCUUUUAUGACCUGUACCUUUACCGGUUACAUAUAUGUGCACAUAGUAAUUAUGAGGUUUUCAAACGCGCCCCUCUAUUACUUAUUAAUUUUAUACUUCAAUUAACGGUGUGUGGGUAGUCAUGACACACCAGUAGCCAGUGGUUCUAUACCUCUGUUAACCGCCAAUAUUCUUGCUUCUGCUGUGAGUUCGGCACGAUAACAUGUAUCUAUACGAGAACACCUUCCGCAUGUGGAAUGAACACAUACAUGUAUGAAAUGUAGGGUUAUAAACGUGAACAAUGCUCGUUCUCUACGGUAAAUCAAUACUGUAGUUUAUUAUGUACUUUAUUAUGUUAUAUAAUCAUAAUUCAAACAUGCAUGUAUUGGGCGCUUAAAUACCUACGUGAUCUAUGUUAUCUUCUCUCUUUAACUUAAACUCAAAACGGCUGCAAUGUAUGCACUCAGGAUACACAUGAAAUUAACUGACAUUUGAAAUGUACGUUGUCCGUUUCAUUAGUUAAUAAACUAGUGGUCCAUAGAAUUCAUUGUAAAUGUUGUUUGGUUCUUCGGUCAACCAAAACUCUACAUACGCCUGUGUGAACUCUUGAAAUGAGAUGAUACCAUCUGCGUUGGAGUCCAUCACAUCAAAGACGGACUUCGAAUAUUUAGUUGGAAUGUAAUGGCUGUAGAAAAAGGCAGCAUGUUCCUCCUUGGAUAUAAGACCAUCGCCAUCAGUAUCCAUGACAUUAAACUCUGUGGAGACAAUAAUGUAGUAUAAUUCACGUCGAAAGUGGCUUUGGUUCACGAUGGAGAAGUUGUUCUUCCAGUGUUCCUCCUGGGAAAGACUGGGUUUAUCUCCAGCAAGGGCCGACCACAUGUGAAGACGUAGGUUUAGAAUGUGUUCAGCUGGUUCAUCUAAGAAAUGAAAAACUUUAACAAUAACUUUUGUCCUAACAUUGUGGA